AUGAGAUGGAAUCCUGUACCGAGCGAAGUUGCUAGUGCUGAGGUUGAUCAUUCUUGUGAUCCCUCCUCCUUCUCCAUUGGCUCAAUGGUCCAAAGGACUGGUCUCUCUGGAGCUAGCUCUUUCGGAGCCAAAGGAAAAGAAUUUAAGACUAGAAGAAGGCCAUACAAAACCAGAAGGAAACCUAAAGUCAGUGAUAACAUUGAUGUGGCUGCAAUAAUUGAACUGAAACAAGGAGCUGAGGUGGGCUCGGGAAGAAAAGAAAAUCAGAGGAAGUGA